AUGCCGCACAUUAAACGUAUUGUUGAACCGGUACUGCUGAGCAGGGGACAUAUUGACUCCUCUGUGCGUGACGAGUUUGAAUGGGUCACCAACAGUACCCUAGCCAAUGUGAUACGAGAGCUGAGCUCUCUCAGCCAGCAUGCAGAGGAUAUGUUCCGAGAGCUGUCGCAGGAGGCCACAAAUGUCUUUAGAAGAGGCAACCAGCUUCAGAAAAAGAUUGAGGAUGUACGAGAGAAGGUCAAGCAGCUGAAUCCAAAUGUGGAUGUCUUGAACCUCCAGGAUAUACACUUGCAGAAGCCUUUUAAAAGUUCUGUGCACAAAGAGCAACAAGUGUUGUCUAGAAGCACUGUCCCCAGGGCCAUCUUGGAACUUUAUGAUAAAUGUGAUGCUCCACCAGCACUGGAGAAACUUGAUCAGUUCAGGGAGGACGGAAAGAGCAGCUUGAAGUUCUAUACAGAUCCCAGCUACUUUGCUGAGCUGUGGGCUAUUGAGAUGAGCAAACAGAUUCAGGAGAACAGGAAGUUGCAUGAGCAGAAGAGGAAAGGCAGAGGAGAGAUAAUUUCUCCAGACAAAUUAGUCAAUGGAAUAAUCGGUAACAGAAGAACAAUUGUAAGUCCUAACCGGCCAAUGGCACCACCUCCAGCUCCACCACCUGGCAUCGGAUCCAGAGACAGUUUGCCACCACCUCCGUCACCUCCUCCAGUGGAUUAUCAUGUGGAAGGUGUGCCGGCUGGUAUGUCGCCACAGACGAUACGAGUGGGACGAGGUGGUUCACAAAGAGACUCGCCCGUUAGACAAGGUUCAAGACCAGAAGCAGAUCUUCCGCCACCCCCACCAUCUCCGCCCUUUGACGGCCAUCAAGGAGUUAUAAUCUCCUCAGGGGGAAUAGCCCAUGCAGGAUCUCUUCCACCCCCUCCCUCACCCCCUCCAGUGGAUGGCAUGCAUCACCCCCCACCACCGCCGCCGCCUCCACCUCCACCACCCCCUCCACCUCCACCCAUGCAGUUUGCAUUGGAUGUGAAUGGGGAUAGCGUUUCCCUGUCCUCUAGUUCUACUGGAGCUCUGGAGCCGGCCAGACCCGCUGUUGGAGCAGACAGAAGCGCACUGAUGAAGGAGAUUAUCCAAGUAGACAUCAACAAACGACUAAGAAAGGUCGAAGCCAGAGAGCACAAGAAACAGCUGCCAUCAGCUCCCGGCAUCCUGGACGUCCAGGCCAUUAUGGACAAAGCUAUUGAGAGCAGACGUAAAGUGAUAGAGAAUAGUGAUAGUGAUGGCGAGGAGAGCGAAGAUGAUGAUUGGGGAGAUUCUGAUUAG